AUGUCCAGACUCAUUUAUGCAGCCAUUCACAUCAUUCUCAGCAUCCUCAUCCCCGUAACCAACAUUACGGUUAUCGUGAUCUUAUCUAAGUUGAUAAGAAAGAAUCACUGUAAGAGUUACAUUUUCAUCCUCAACCUGGCAGCCGCGGACCUCCUGGUGGGACUCAUGUGUAUAAUGGAAGCUCUGGAUGAUUUGUAUGACGGAGACUUCGACAGGAAUUUGUUCUUCUGUCUCCUGAGGCUGUGUUUCACAGUCACACCGUGCAUCGGAUCCAUGCUAACCCUGCUUUUGAUUUCUUUGGAUAGAUACCUGGCUGUGAAGUUGCCUCUUUACUACAUAAAGAUCAUGAACAAGAAGUCCAUUUGUAUCUUGAUCACCGUCCUGUGGAUCAUCUCUUUCUUUGUUGGCCACAUGCCUUUGAUUUCCACAUCUUUGCAGCAAAGCAACUACUCUGGUAUCUGUGGUCUCUUUUAUGCUGCCAAAAGCGACUACCUCUAUAUACUCUGCUUUCUGGUUUUCCUGCCAGCUUUACUCACAGUUGUGUGUCUACACACGGCUGUAGGACGUAUUGCUUACUUCCAUCACAAACGGAUCCAGAAGACAAGAGUUCUAAGUGGACUUCCCACCAACCCCCAAGGGCAAUCAUCACAUUUUAAGGCAGCUAGAACAGUUCUAAUAGUCAUCAUCUGCUUCACACUGUCCUGGGGUCCAUACUACAUCACAGGGAUCAUCCAGGCCACCUGCUCUUCUUGCCAACUUGUGGAUCUGUUGAAGGAUAUUCUUUUUCUCUUAGGUGAAAUAAACUCUCUGCUCAAUCCCCUAAUUUAUACUUUCUACUGUGGAGAAAUUCGAAAUUACCUAUUCAAAUUCAUCAUCUUCAAAAGAAGGAAGGUAAAACCAAAAGGUGUUGCUGUAGUUCAUUUCUCCAACAUCAAAAGAGAUAAUAUUAAUGAAGAGUCUAGUGUGGCCCAAAUGUCUGGUGACAGUGGCCCUAACGUGUCCAUAUAUAUCGGUACUGGUGACUAUAGCAAAUGA